UCGCGUGGGUUUCCCCAUUUUUAUUUCUCUCCCAAAGAAAUGAAAUUCCCGCCUUGAGAAAUCCGAUCCUCCAUCUCCGCCACCAAAUCCGCCCAUGUCGAAACUCCCGACAGAGCUACUCGACGAUAUACUUUCCCUGUUACCCACCAAACCCCUCGUACGUUUCCAAUGCGUUUCGAAGAGAUGGUACGCCCUAAUCAAUGGCGCAAAGUUUAUCAAGAAGCAUCUCGCGCGAUCCAUCCACAUCAGUCAGGAACGCAUUCUUGUUGUCAAGGAACGGGACUUCGAUCGGCCACAGAGUUACUUCUCGGUGCCUUUUCCUGAAGAUGAUCGGUUCGGCAGCGCAGUGAAGAUCCACCAGCCACUGCCCGAUCCCGAAGGUUGCACCAAAAUCGUGGGCUAUUGCAAUGGCCUGGUUUGUAUCCAAGACCUGGAGGAAGAGAUCGUGAUUUGGAACCCAUUGAUCAGAAAAUACAAGAAAUUACCCUUUGAGCCUAUACAAAAACCCUCUGGUUUCAACGAAUAUUGUUUGCCCCAAUUCGCCUUCGGACACGAUCCGAUCAAUGACGACUACAUGGUUUUCAGGGUUGUGGAAUUCUAUAAAACAAAUGAGGUUCCAAGCGCAUUUGAAGUCAAGGCAUACAGUCUGAGGGCGCAUUCUUGGAGAAGGGUAGAAGACGAAUGGCCUUACGAGAAGUCAUAUAUUUGUUCGAAUCCAGAGGCCUUGAGCUCAGCGUCCUUAAACGGUAUUUUGCAUUGGUUGGUUACUCCUGUAACUGAUGGGGUCCAUCUCUCGCAGACACUUGUGGGUUUCGAUCUUGCAACCGAGAAGUUUCGGGUGUAUACGCUACCAGUUCAAUCGGACUGCAAUGCGAUGACCCGUAUGGCAUUGGAGGUGUGGGGAGGACGCAUCCUCCUCUGUGUUUGCAAAGAUGUUUCAAUGGGAUUUAAUGAAGUCUGGGUGAUGAAGGAGUACGGGGUGGCAAGCUCCUGGACUCGGCUUUAUACCAUUGUGCAUGGUGAAGUUCCUUGGAAUUUUAAUCACUGCAAGCCUUUGGUGAUUUCCAAGGAUGGAAACAAGGUUCUGAUGGAGCAUGAUUCCAAGCAUCUCUUUUGGUAUGACAUUAGAAAGAAGAGUAGCAGGAGGGUCAAGAUUCAGGGUAUGCCCGGUUUGUUUCAGACGGUGACUUGCGUGGGAAGCCUUGUUCUGCUUCAUGGUUAUAACUGUGAUUCAAUUUAGUGCAUCUAGUUUCUUUUAUGAACUUAUACAUAUGUGUGUUUUCCUUUGUGCAUAUGAGGGAGCGUUGCAAGUGAUGAUGGAUAAUCAAGAAGGAAGAGAUUUUUGUCUACACAUUGUCUAACACUCAAGACAUAUGGAUGAAUCGAAAUUUGAAUUUGGUUUGAUUUUGUUCUCUUUCCGUUAUAUUGGGUUUAUGUUGAAUUUCAAUUUACAUGUAUAGACUUCAAGAUUCAGUUGCAACCCUGUUGUGAAUGAAGUUUUGUCCAAAACCAGAAUAUGAAGUAAUUGGUAUUGUAUUCACUGUUUGCUGCUUGUAAAUAAACCUUGUAUAUAUGGAAAUGUACUUCAUACUUACUUUU